AAAGCGUUUAUACAAAAGUUAUAAACAGAAUAUAUAUAUAUAUAUAUGCAUAUGUUUUGUAAAACAUUCAUUUUCUGUACGUGAGAUUUCAUGAAGAGUAAGUUGAGCCAUGAACAACAUGCUUGUUCCUGUUUUUACUUUGAAACUUGGCCAAAAAAUCCAUCAGAAACGUGUGACGAUUGGCAAAUUUGACGGACAGAGAUGUUGUCUUGCUGCUGCAACAACAGCAGGGAAGUUGUUUGUACACAAUCCUCACAGUCGUAUUACUGAAGGCGGUCGAGUGACGACUCUCAAUACUGAUCUCAGCUUGCUGAAUAUUAAUCAACAAGUGUCCGCAGUAUGUGCUGGUCAGUUGGGCAAAAUGGAGAGGGAUGUGUUGGUCAUUGGUACUCCUACAAAUAUCCUAGCAUAUGAUGUCCAGAAGAAUUCUGAUUUAUUCUACAAAGAUGUUCCUGAUGGUGUUAAUGCGUUGACGAUUGGUCAACUGGGCUCCACAAAUACAAUGCUUGCAGUUGCUGGUGGAAACUGCUCUCUUCAAGGUUUCGAUGUUGAAGGAAACGACUUGUAUUGGACUGUGACGGGCGAUAAUGUUAGCUCAUUGGCUCUUUGUGAUUUCACUGGCGAUGGUCGGAAUGAGCUUCUUGUAGGAUCCGAAGAUUUUGACAUACGCGUGUUUAAGGACGACGAGAUGAUUAGCGAAAUGACGGAGACAGAGUCGAUCACGUGUCUUUGUCCUCUCGGCGGUAAUAGAUUCGGUUACGCAUUGUCUAAUGGCACUGUCGGUGUGUACGAGAAAUCAAACAGGCUUUGGAGGAUUAAAUCGAAGAAUCAAGCAAUCGCCUUGUGUAGUUACGAUCUUAAUGGCGACGGAAUCGACGAACUGAUCACAGGUUGGAGCAAUGGAAAGGUUGAUGCAAGAAAUGACAAAACAGGAGAGGUGAUUUUCAAAGACAAUCUACCGACAUCUCUGGCCGGUGUUCUUAAAGGUGAUUACAGAAUGGAUGGAAUGGAAGAACUGAUCUGUUGCUCCGUUGACGGCGAAGUUCGCGGUUACUUACCAGCUUCGCCGCAGUUCAGUGAUAAUUUGAUGGGCGUGGACGUAGCUCAGGAAGCUUUGAGGGAUCUCACUCAAAAACGACAACAUUUGCUACUCGAGCUAAAAAACUACGAAGAGAAUAUGAAGGUCAGUCAAUCAAUGCAGUCCAGCGGAGUUGUCAAUGUCGACCAAUCAAAACUUGGCAUUAUUCCCGCCAAUACUCAACUGCAGACGUCGCUUCAAGUGAGUUCGGGCUCCGAGCAUGUUCCAGCCUCGGUGGAGCUGGCAAUUUCUACGAGCAACGAGAUGAUCAUCCGGGCAGUCAUGAUAUUUGCCGAAGGGAUCUUCGAUGGAGAAUGUCACGUGGUGCAUCCUCUUCCGGCUAACCUUAGCAGUAGUCUUGCGAUCCCCAUUAUCCCUCCACGUGAUUACCCUGUCGACUUACACGUCAAAGCUUUCGUUGGGACAAGGACAAGCUCGCAAUUUCAUGUGUUCGAAGUAACUCGUCAGCUCCCGCGAUUUGCUCUGUACAAAUUGUCAUCUGGCAAUGUCGUGGAACCGAAGUCAAGUGUUUCCUUUCACAUCAACGAUAGAGUCAACAGAGUUGUUUUAUGGAUCAAUCAAAACUUCCUUCUCGUCGACGAGAUUGAAGCAUCAAAUGGACAACUGGAUGUUGCAUUUCAAUCGUUGCGGACCAAAAUCCCUUUGAUCAUCAGAAUGCAGCAAAACGGAAAUAUUACGGUGAGGACCGACGACAUGGAACUAGCCGCUGACAUAGUUCAAGCUUUGUCGACAUUUCUCAAAAUUGAGGAGUUGCAGACGACAGCAGAUUUUCCAUAUCAAAUGGAGGAACUUCAGAACUUAUUGCAAAAGGUUGACGAAUUACAUUCUGCCGCACAAAAAUUGACAGCUGAAAUGGCUGAUCAUUCUAAUCUGAUACGAAGUUUGGUCGUCAGAGCUGAAGACGCCAGAAUAAUGGGAGAUAUGAAAAACAUGAGACGCGGGUAUAUGGAACUGUACGAUUUAAACCGUGAUUUGGUCAACGGUUACAAAAUACGCUGCAAUAACCACAGCGAACUUUUAAGUUGUUUGAAAAUGGUCAAUCAAGUUAUACAGAGGGCUGGGAAUCUUCGUGUUGGUAAAUACAAGGCGAAUAUGAUUUCAUCAUGUCGACAGGCCAUCAAGUCGAAUAACAUGUCUUCGCUUUAUAAAAUCAUGACGGCUGGCGGACAGUGAUAUUGAACCUUCGUGCGUGUCAGAAUUCACUUCCAUGUGCAUUGAUCGACUUGCGUGCAUCGAUGUCUAUGCUUGCGUGCCACUAUUCGAGCCAACAUUCCCGAGUGCUGCCUCAUUGUCUGCGCUCAGCGCUUACUUCGCGAACUCAUUCUCGGUGAGAAUGGAAAUGAAAGUCUUUGUUUCCUUGUGAAUGUUAUUUGUCUUAGGAGGGACAGUGGCUAUUUCUACUUAUGUCAUUACUCGAGAAAACUUGGAGUAAGCUAAUUGUAUUACAACAUUUCAUAGCUCUGGACAAGUUAUUUAAUUUCUUCUUGAGAUGCGAAAAUUGAUCAUCACUUUACUUUUUGAUCCCAAGUUACUACAGGCAGAAAACCCUACUAAACUAGCCAUGUUAGCUCACGCUUGUUACAUAGAGUUCUGGCAAAACCAGCUAUGCACGCAGAAGUUAAAAAUACAAGAAAGGGGCUUUUGUUUCCCCUUUAAAUAAUGAUUA